GUACUUCUAGACACACCUUCAAAAAAAAAAAAAAAAACCCAAAGGAUGAGGAGUCGAGUUGUCACGAAGGCAGCGUGCCUUUUGGGCACUUCUGCGCUCCUGAUUUACGCGCUGGAUUAUUUUGUCAUCUUCCUCAGAAAUCCGUCUUCAAACCUUUUCCCCAGUCUGGGGAGAGAAGCUGAACACACCAUCCUGGACAAACUGGACGGAAUCGAGCGGCAGAUUGAUCGAAUCGCUAAAUCGUUGGAGCUGGGAAUUCAGAAAAGCUCGCAAUCAGGGGAAAAGCAUCUGGGAGUGGAGGAGGAGAAGAAAAAGAAGAAGCGAGUGUUCAAGAAGUUGUUCCCAAACUCUGAGCUGUUCAGCAAGUGGGGUGAGGAUCUAUCCGAGGAGGAACAGAGGCAAGCCGAGCACUUAUUUCAGCUUUAUGGCUACAAUGUGUUUCUCAGUGACAGGCUUCCUCUGAACAGGACGCUACCAGACACCCGAGACUCCAGGUGUUCGACAAAGGUGUAUCCGGAGCAGCUCCCGUCCCUCAGCGUGGUUCUCAUCUACUUGAAUGAGGCACUUUCUGUUAUCAAGAGAGCCAUACACAGCAUUAUUGAGAGAACACCUGCUCACCUGCUCAAGGAAAUCAUACUGGUGGACGAUUACAGCACUAACGAUGAUCUGAAGGAAAAUCUCAGCAAAUUUAUUGACCAGGUUCAUCAACAAAGGCCUGGAUUACUUAAGAAAGUGAGCCAUAAACAGAGACUAGGUCUGGCACAAGCUCGUAUUUCAGGAUGGAAAGCAGCCGUCGGCGACGUAGUGGCCAUUCUGGAUGCCCACAUUGAGGUGCAUAAGCAAUGGGCAGAACCGCUGCUGGCCAGAAUCAAAGCAGAUCGAACGGUGUUGCUGUCUCCGGUGUUUGACCGGGUGGAAUUCGACACGCUUGAAGUGACUUUGUACUCUCCAUCCGCUCAUGCCUUCGACUGGCAGAUGUGGUGCAUGUACGAGUCCUUCAGGCCAGACUGGUAUUCCCUUAAUGAUCCGUCUGCCCCUGGGAAGAGUCCUUCUAUCAUGGGAAUCCUUGUGGUUGAUCGAAACUUCUUGGGAGAAAUCGGAGGAUUGGAUGAAGGAAUGGAAAUCUACGGAGGCGAGAACGUCGAGCUCGGAAUACGAGUUUGGCUGUGUGGAGGAAGCAUCGAAAUCAUCCCUUGCUCAAAGAUUGCUCAUAUAGAGAGAGCACACAAGCCUUACGCAAGAGAUCUGGGUGAGCCCAUGCGAAGGAACGCACUCAGGGUGGCUGAAAUCUGGAUGGAUGAAUAUAAAAGAAACGUUAUUAUAAGCUGGAAUAUUCCUCUGAAGGAUCAUGGUAUUGAUAUCGGAGAUGUGACUGAAAGAAAGAAGCUGAGAAACCAGUUGAAAUGUAAACCCUUUAGCUGGUACCUGGAGAACGUGUAUCCUGAGUUAGACCCCUUGGAUGAUCUACUCGGCUAUGGCGUGAUACAGAGUGGCCUCCUGGAAAAACACUGCAUUGAUCAGGGUCCUGUUCCUGGCAGUGUUCCUGUCCUUUAUCAGUGUCAUUUCUAUAGCCCUCAGCUCUGUUACUAUAAGAGCACCGGGGAACUCUACAUCGGAGGUAUCAAAUCUCACAAGUACAAUAAUAAUCGCUGCCUCGUGGAUCCUGGUGAGGGAAACAAACCUGCACUGCAUGACUGUAAAAUGGCCAAGGAGAAAGGAUUCCACAUGCUCUGGGACUUUAAACAGGGUCAUGCAAUAAGAAACAAACAAACCAACAGAUGUAUUGAGAUUGCUCAAGGAGAAGAUUCGUGGUACCAACUCAUCAUUCAGGAGUGCAGUGCGCAAACUUGGAAAAUACAACAUGUCCUUAAAGAAUUUUAAACUUCCUUAUGACAGCGAUUUUGAUAAAAUAACAACCAAUGGGAAUGAGACCAAUCGAACGUUGACCAUGGCUGAGAUUUCUCAGUGAAGAGUAAUGGAGUAACGGUUGGCUUGUAGAUGUAAAGCAAGGGCACGCCGAGAUGGAAAUUUCCUACUGGAAAUGCAAACUAAGAAGUCAUUAGUGCACUGUUGCUAGGCAACUGAAACAUGCGUAUGGCUAAAAAAAAUAGCUAAUGAGUGAGGUUAUUGAUUGCAAUGUAAUCCCAGAGUGACUGUGGAAACAAAUUAGGCAUAUCAACAGUUUCCUCACUUGCACUAAAAAAGGUGACUAAGAAAAGUCUAAUCAACCAAUCAAUCAAAUCACUGCACAUCCAAAAACUGAACUUCUAUGAGCUCGACUUUAUUGAGAAACAAGAACGAGGUGACACAACUAGUGGACUGGAAUUGUGUGACUUCCAAAAGUGAAUAGAUCAAGAGCGGGCUGUUCACCAGUACACCAUUACAAAAUCGUUUUCCUGUUUGGAGUUAUUCCUGUGUUCGUAUUGUCUGAGUACAUACAAAUCAAAUCGAAUCAAAUUUUAUUUGAUAUAUUAUAUUUUAUUACAUAGUCUUUUUUAUUGAUUUUAUUUUAUUAAAUAUUCUGAGUUUAAGAAUACUUUUUUAUUUUUAUUUUCUCUUUAUAAUUUGAGGUAUCUAUCUUCAUAUCUUCAGGAAAUGAAAUCAACAUUAAAAGCUUAAUGAAUUAAGUUCUAGCCUAACCCACACAUCAAGACAAUUAUUCAGCAAGUGAAGACAGGUUUGUUUGACCUAUUGUAUCUAUAGUAUAUUUAUCGGAAGGCCGAAAUUGAUAAUGCUAUUAUUAAAUAGAUUUAACACUUUUACCAGUGGAUGAUAACAAGCAAGUGUCCUGAUUAGUCAUUUAUAUCCACUAAUAGGCCUCCACUCUUUUGUCCUGUUUGGAUGAAUAAUUUAUCGUUUUGUUUGAAAUAAAUUUAUACUGUGUUUGAA